AGGCAAUGCUCAGGGUAGCUAUUGGGCUUGCUUUUCGUUCUUUUUCAACCUGUUCCCGUCACUCUACCAAGGUUUCUGUACUAGGUGCAGGAGGAGGAAUAGGGCAGCCUUUAUCGCUCUUAAUAUGUUCCAAUCCACUUUUGUCUAAUCUAGCACUCUACGAUGUCAAGGAUACGAGGGGGAUUGCUUGUGAUCUUUCUCACAUCAAUACUAACUCCAGAAUUGUAGGUUAUAGUGGGAGCGAAGAGUUGGAAGAAUGCCUAAAGGAUUCUGAAAUUGUUGUUAUUCCUGCUGGUCUACCACGAAAACCUGGCAUGACCAGAGAUGACUUAUUCAAUACUAACGCGGAAAUCGUUCAAUCUUUAGCUAAAGCAUGUGCUAAAUACUGUCCUACUGCAAAAGUUGCGGUCAUAACAAACCCUGUUAAUUCUACUGUUCCUAUUGUUGCGGAAGUUUUUGAGUCCGCCGGCGUAUAUGAUCCUCGAAAAAUCUUUGGGGUGUGCACGCUGGACACUGUGCGAGCUAAAAAAUUUGUUGCGGAUCUGAAAGGGGUUAACGCCACGACACUCCAUGUUCCCGUAAUCGGGGGACACUCAGGGAUCACGAUUUUACCUCUCCUCUCUCAGAUUACACCAAAACUCUCACUGAGCUCAGAAGAGAUCUGCAGCCUAACGGAACGGAUCCAAAACGCCGGAACAGAGGUCGUGAAUGCCAAGGCAGGCGGCGGAUCAGCUACGCUAAGUAUGGCUUACGCAGGCGCUCUUUUCACCGAUGCUCUUUUGAGAGCCGGAAAAGGCGACCCCGUUGUGGAGUGUGCUUACGUGGAAUCAAAUAUAACGGAAGUUAAGUUUUUCUCCUCGUCCCUAUUGCUUGGACCAGAAGGCGUCACUGAACAUUUGGGAUUCGGCACACUUUCUGCCUAUGAAGAAGAUAAGCUAAGGGCGCUUCUUCCAGAAUUGGACCGCAACAUAACAAAAGGGCUCCAGUUUGGAAAACAAUGAUUUUCAUGAAAUAUAAGAGGACCAAUAAAAAUAG